AUGACUACCGCUACCACAGCGACGUUCCACCCGUUUCCACACCUCCCCGCCGAGCUCCGCGCUCGUAUCUGGGAGCUGACCGUCGAGCCUCGCAUCGUCGAGGUACGCGUGGUAUACCAUCGACCAAGCCCCACCAACGUCGAGGGAUCCGAGCCGGUGGUCAAGUGGCCACCGCAGACGCGCUACCUAUGCUCGCCUACCCCAGCCCCAGCCCAGCUGCAAACUUGCCGCGAGGCCCGCGAACACCUCACUACAUGCCCCAAUGCUGUAUAUCGAUUCCAGAAGGCCUUUUCUGAGCUUGCUAGGACACCCUAUAAUGGGCCCGACCCUGUGUCCGAGGGUGGCCCGCAGCAGGAGCGCUAUGCCUGGUUCAACUUCGAUUAUGACAUGCUCUCCAUCGGGAAGACGGAUCUGCACGAAUUACGGGCUAUCGCCUACCAGAUUCGCCGGUUACGGCUUCGGCGGGUCAUCUCAGACGAGUACUUUUCCCGCACAGAGUCGCUGUUAAUCAGCAGGUGGUUUAGGAACGUUACUGAGGUUCACCUAAUUUGUCUAGAGGGUAUUAGGGUAGGCUACUUAAUGACUGAAGAUAUGGAAUUUCCCUGUGGCCCUGAGAAUGUGUAUCUUGUUGACCUAGAAGAGGGCGGGUUGAUGAUGAACAGUAUCGACCUGGAUGCGAUGGUGAUCAGAGAGGAUGAGGAGCGUUACGGGCUUGGAGAACAGGGUUGA